GAGUAUCUCCCCCUAUCACUUGGUGAUAAGAAAUAAAUUCAACCGCCGUUUGAUGCAAAUAGCACCAAGAGAAUUCUUCAGGAUAUGGCCUCCGCGCUCGUUUAUUUAACAAAACAAAACAUUGUCCAUCACGACAUCAAACCGGCAAACAUUAUAUAUUCGGAACCUCGAGGUGCUGUACUUCUUGAUUUUGGGAUGUCAAAAGAAGAUUUUCACGGUAUGGUACGAUCCGGUGGAACGCCUUGGUACCUUCCCCCAGAAUAUUUGCAUGUGAAUAAGAAUGGCCAGCAUCGUCUAAUCCGUGGUUUUCCAGGAGAUAUCUGGGCGCUAGGUGUUACAAUGCUCUACGUGCUCGGGAAAUGCCGUCCGGAAAAAACUAAAGAUUGGCUUAUUAGACGAGCGCAUAAAGAUGGCCAUGACCGUGUUCUGAUGCAAUCUUGGAUAAAAUCAGUCGCUGAGUAUAGAAAGCAGCUGAAAGAGGUAGAUGAUGGGAUUGGGCGACUAGUAUCCCAAAUGCUUUAUGAUAAUGCUGAAUUACGAGUGACAGCAGCUGAAUUACAUGCUAAAGUAGUCGCGGUCAAGGGGGUUAUAAAGUAAUAGCUCUUAUAAUAGAAAUGCAAAUUAGUAUAUGCG